AUGUCUUGUACAACUCGAUGUAUGAAUCUUUUUCUAUUUAUUCUUAUUCUCAAUGGUAUUAUACAAACUGAAGCUUCAACAUCAUCUGAUGUUGGAAAAUUUUUUACCAACGUGGGUAAUAAAAUAUCACAAACAGCAACAACAAUUAAAGAAUAUCUUCUUGAACUUUUCUAUCGUUUUCGAGCAUUUUUUAUGGGUCAUUCAGAAUCAACACAUGAAUUCAUGACAACAAAAGGUUGUGGUUAUACAGCUGAUGAACCAGCUAUUUAUAAUAAACAAUCAGCUGUUGUUGCUAAAAUCAAAGGUGGUGAAGAUGCUAUAUGGCAUACAUGGCCAUGGAUGGUAGCAUUAUUUACAGGUCCUAGUCAUGGUUGGAGUUGUGCCGGUGUACUUAUCAAUGAAAAUACAAUAUUAACAGCAGCACAUUGUUUAACACAUACAACAGCUAAUGAUAUGAAAGCUAUUAUUGGUGUUCAUACAAUUCUUGGUAAAUUAAAUCCAUUAAAUUAUUAUUCAAUUAGUGCUAUACAUCGACAUCCAAAAUUUGAUAAAUGUUGUAAAAAUGAUAUAGCUAUACUUAAAUUAAGUAAAUCUGUACUCUAUGGACCUAAAAUAAAUUCUGUUUGUUUACCAUUUGCACCAUAUACAACUAUUGAUCAUGGACGAACACUUAUUAAUCAUACUGGUGUUAUUAUUGGAUGGGGUGAUAGUUCACAUAAUAGUGUUACAAAUAUGUUUAAAAGUUUUACAUUACAACAAGCUGAUGUACGUAUAUUUGAUGAUUAUUAUUGUCGCCGUACUUAUGGUAGUGUUUUUGAUUCUACUACAGAAAUUUGUGCCGGUGAUUAUGAUCAACGAACAGAUACUAUGAGUGGUGAUUCCGGUGGUCCUUUACUUAUUCGUCAAUCAGAUGGUCGUUGGAUUGUUCUUGGUAUAACAUCAUAUGGUGCAGCAACAGCACCAAGUAUAGCACCAGGUGUUUAUGUUAAACUUUCAGCACAUGCAAAAUGGCUUGAACCAUAUAUAAAAUCGAAUUAA